UAAUGUACAACUAGGGGGCAGUAAAAUAAAAACAUAUUUGGAAAAGCAUCGUAAAUAAUGGAUUUUUAAUGAUUAUUCUACCUUAAAAUUUUAAUAUUUGCUUAAUAAAUCAAUUAAAAAAAUACUUUAAGAUAAAGCAAGCUAAAAGAUAAUUUUUUAGUCUGAAGUAGCAUUUUAACUGUAACUGUUUUCAUCAUGCAUAUUGUUACUUGUUUUUUCCGUCAAGUUGGCAUCACUUCUCGCCAUCCAUACUCGCAUUUUAUUAUUUGUUAACAUACGGAAUCACCAUGGCCGUCGGUAAAAAUAAGGGUUUAGCUAAGGGAGGAAAGAAGGGUGUUAAGAAGAAGGUUGUUGAUCCUUUCACACGAAAAGAUUGGUACGAUGUUAAAGCUCCUGCAAUGUUUACAAUCCGAAACAUCGGAAAAACCCUGGUCAAUAGGACACAAGGAACAAAAAUUGCAUCCGAAGGUUUGAAAGGCCGAGUGUUUGAAAUUUCACUUGCUGAUCUACAAAACGAUGAAAUUGCCUUCAGAAAGUUUCGCCUUAUUGCUGAAGAUGUGCAAGGACGUGCUGUGCUAACAAAUUUCCACGGUAUGGACUUAACAACCGAUAAAUUAAGAUCUAUGGUCAAGAAAUGGCAAACACUGAUAGAGGCUAAUGUUGAUGUUAAAACCACCGACGGCUAUCUGUUAAGGAUGUUUUGCAUUGGGUUCACUAAGCGGUGGGGUACUUCACAAGUUAAGAAAACAUGCUACGCUCAACAUUCACAGGUAAAAUUAAUCAGAAAAAAGAUGACUGAAACAAUGAUUAGAGAGGUCUCUUCUUCAGAUUUAAAGGAAGUAGUCAAUAAAUUAAUUCCAGACAGCAUUGGUCGAGAUAUAGAGAAAGCCUGCCAGGGUAUUUAUCCAUUACACGAUGUAAUGAUUAGAAAAGUUAAAGUGCUAAAGAAACCUAAAUUUGAUAUAAGUAAACUAAUGGAGCUACAUGGUGAAGGUAGUGGAAAAACAACUACCACAGCUAAAGUGGGUGAAGAAGGUACUAAGAUCGAUAGGCCAGAAGGUUAUGAACCACCUGUUCUGGAAUCUGUAUAACGCUGAAUAAAUAUAUGAAAAAAAAGUA